UUACCCAGGAGUAGCCGCGUCAGGAAAGAUUAUGUUGAGUUUACAUAUCCAAAAAAUCAUACAAACGCCACAAAAAGGAUGGAACGUGGGAAAAGGAAGAGAAGUGCCAAGAGGAAGGCAUCCAGCGAGGCAAGGCUAGAGGAAGACAAUAAACCUAUAAUUGUGUUCAAGAGAAAGAAGAAAUUGAUGUUAGAAGAGAUUUAUGCUGCACUCACACAGGAGGAAGAAAAUGACGUAGAAAAGUUUAUUAAUGGUCAAAGGUAGAAACGUCAAAUGGUUGCAUGAGGACAUCAUCAUUGAUAAAGAAUGUGCGGAGAGGUUGAAUAUUGGAAAUUGGAUAAAUGAUAAUAUAAUUGGGUUAUACUGUAAAUUGUUAAAGGAGCGGCAAACAAGGACACCACAUAAGUUUAAGAAAUGCCACUUUGCUGGUUCAUUUUAUUAUACUAAGAUUCGGUCGAAUCAGAGUGUUUGUAGAUGGGAAACCACUGAUAUUCUAAAGAACAGACUUGCUGAAUUUCAUAAAAUAUUCUUUCCAAUUCAUCAUGGAAAACAUUGGAGUUUAAUAGUGAUAGAUGUUGAGCAUCAAGCUAUUCAAUACUGUGAUUCCUUGGGUGGCAGAAGCAGAUUUGCAUUGAGAUAUAUGCAUGAAUAUAUGAAGAAGUUAGUGACAGACGCCAGUACGUGGACAGCAGAAAUAGUAGAUGUUCCUCAGCAGGAUAACUAUAACGAUUGUGUUGUAUUUUUGUUGAUGAACAUUGAUUUCCUCAGCAGAGGAAUCCAGCCAUCAUUUAACUGCUGAGAGAUUCCUUAUUUUAGGAGGCGAAUAGCAAAGGCGAUACUAGCAUCAAAAGCUGAUUAAAUGAGUUAAUAUCUGCAUGCCAAGGAAGAUUAGUGCAUGAUAACUAGCAUGUUACAGAGUUAUCUGUGCGUUCAUGCAAAAUCAUGCAAUGUAAAGCUCUUUUGUUUACGAUACAAUGGCCGCACCAUCCGCUAGUUUUAUGUAAAGCUCUUUUGUUUAGGUUGAGAGCUCUUUUGUUUAUGUAAAGCUCUCCCAACAGGUUGUGAGCUCUUUUGUUUUUGUAAAGCUCUCCCUAGUAGAUGCAAA